AUGACUGGUAGAAAUUUGGUGAUAUUCUAUAUAAUAACUUUAUAUCUAAAUUUAAUUUCAAAGAUACUAUGUAAACCAAUUAAAUAUUCAAUAUGUGGUAAAUGGGAAACAAAGGAAAGGCGUGGAGGUUUAAGUAAUAAAGAUGAUAUAAAUAUAUCUGGAUGCCAAUGGAUUGGAUGUCAUAGAAUACAUAUUAGAGAGAGUAGAAAGUACGCAAUUACCCCAAGAAAUAUUGUCGAAUUUACUAGAUAUGAAUAUAACUCAACUACAGGAUGUGAACCUGAAAAUUUUAGACGGCUAAUUAUGGCCAAUGGAAUAUGGGAAGUUAAAGAUGAGUCAAAAAGUAAAAUUAAAAUAAUAUGGAAGAAAAUUAUAAUCCGUACAAAGCCUAAUAAUAUAAAUAUUUUAGAUGAUAUCAAGAAAACAAAUUGGAAAUAUAAAUCGAUUGAUCCAGAAUAUUUUUUGAAUUUAAAUUUACUGAAUACAUGUAUAAAAUAUGCAGGAUUAGCAAAUAAUUACUUUUUUGAAUCAUAUAAUUCAUCAACAAUUACAGUUAAUGGUCAAACAAUAAAAGUUAGUAAUGAACCAAUGAUUAUAGAUAAUAUUGAGCAAUCUAAAGCUGAAGAAGCUUUAUUACGUAAUUUGACUGGAUAUAGUGGAAAUAUAAUAACAGAUAAGUUACCUCAAGAAGAUACACUUGAAGACAAGUGGGCAUUUUUCUUUAGAUAUGCAGAACCAUGGACUAAAAAUGUUUGUAAGUGGGAAGAAAUUAGAGAGUUUUGCUCAAAUUUUCCAGUUGAAGAUAAUAAUAAAUGUAUAACUUAUGAAUUAGAACACAUUAUAAAUAAUACUUCUUCAUCAUUAAAACUACCUUUAUAUCCAUUUAAACCAGAAAUGGCAAAUACAGAUAUGAUUGAAUUUUAUCGGUUUAGAAAAUGUAAAGAAAAAGAAAAUGAUAUUAUUUAUCAAGAUAAGUAA